AUGACGAGUAGAGAACAAAUCGAACACGCCGCUCAAAACCUCUCCUCUCGAACGCAAUCGAUUCGAGAACACUCGGAACAAACGUUACUCUCCUUUCGUAAAUCACCGGAGGCGUUGUAUUUGUGUCAAGAUAUACUCAUCAAUUCGCAAUCGAUCGAUGCAAAGUUUCAAGCGUCGAACGCGUUACGGUUUGCGAUUUUACAAAAAUGGGACGUGAUGACGAACGAUAUGCGCGCGGAGAUUCGACAGUUUUGCUUGAAGUAUUUAUUACAUUCACAGACGACGACAGAAACGUCUUCAUCUUCGUCUCGGAUGAGCAACGUCAUCAGCUCGCAGAUUGUUUCCGUGUUGGCGGUUGUGUUGAAGCGACAGUGGCUGGACGACGACGGGAAGCAACGACAGAUGGCGUUGGAAGAGUGCGAACGCGCGGUGUCGUCUUCAGCGACCGCUGGAGCGAGGAAACUCGGUUUAGACGUGUUCACGCAAGUCGUUUUGGAGUGUGCACCAAGCACGAGCUCGCCUAUGCAUUUAAAUUGGGAGUUUCACGAGCGAGUUCGAGACGCGCUCGAAAAGGAAGUUUUAGUCCAUUUUUUCUCGCACGCCGGGAACAUCGCCAGAGAAGUGCUGAUGGUUGAGGGAGGGAAAAUGGUAAAAUUAGGGAAAGACGAGGAGUGUUUCUUUGCGAGUUUACGGCUGUUGAACGCGUGCUUAUCGUGGGAUUUCUCUCGGUUCGGCGGGUUCGGUAAAAACGGCGCAAGAGGCGUAGAGAAUGAGAACGGAACAACAAGCAACGAUAAUCAUAAUAAUAGCAAUAGCAAAGGAGGUCGAAACGUUUUAGAAAACGCGUCAAUAUCCGAUGGUUUCAUUCCAGUGACGCCUGGGGAAACGUGGCGAGACGUUUUGUUGCAAUCUGGAGAGAAUGACACGUUCGCGUGGCUUUUUUCUUUACACGAAGCCAUGCACUCGCCGAGCGGCGUGGCGCAGAACAGCGCGGACGGAUCUAGCGCGAUAUUGCCGGGUACGAAAGUCGCCAAGGAGACGAGAAGUUUGUUUUCGAGCUUUUGCGCUUUGAGUGGAUCGAUAUUUCCUGAAACCGACGUCCACAAGCAAUUGAAGUCCAUGCACUUCCAACGGUGCGCCCAAUCGCUCUUGAAAACGCGAACGGUGAUGGACCCGAAAGAUGCCAUGAACAACGUCGACGAAAGAGAAGGAGAAGUUUUAGAUUGCGUCAAGCAGUUAGGCACGUUGUGUUCUGCGCACCAUUGGACGUUCUUAGUGGCGCCGUGUGCGGCGACAGGUAGUAGCGUAUUAGAAGCGCUGACGAACAUUUGCUCGGCAGCGAUUGAAUCUGGCAGUUUGCGAGCGAUAAACGACGGAUCGUGUUUAGAUCUUGUCAUGAAAAAUUGCUUUGAUGCGUUUGCAGUGUUAUCAUCAAAAGUUGAGCGAAAUCAAGCCGAGUCGCCGGAAAUGGCGAUGAAAAUAAACCAAGAGAUUGCAAAGAUAUGCCAAAGGUACGUCGAGUUUGGUUUACAAUCGGCGAGAGAGUCUGCUUACGACGAAGACGACGGCCACGAAGAAGACGGUGCGGCGGGUAUCGAAGCUUUAGAUGUCGCAUUAGAUGUCGUCGCAGAGUUGUUUCGCGCGACGGUGUCGUCGUCCGUGCCAAUGCUCGCCGCAGCGUUGCACGAAAAAAUUAAUUUCUUGUUACAAUUAGCCGCGUUAUCGACCGAUAACGCCGCGCAUGCGGAUUUACAACGCGCUCCAGAGUUGUUUGAAGAGUUGUGGUGGUUGUUAAGGCUCGUAGGCCACGUCGUCGCGGACGAUGGUCGAGGCGAAACGCCCAUGCGGCCGUUACAGUUUGACGAAAACGAACAAACCAGAAUAGCUUUGCGUCAAAUUGGUGAACUGUUCAUCGGUACUCUGUGCGUCCAAAUGUGCGAGAAUCAAAGCGUCAAACAGUUUUUAUCGCCUCGCGUUGUCGAACAGGUUGUGUGGUGCGCGGCGAGAUGGGCGGAUACGCACCUGUUCCCGGAAGAUUCGGGCGGGCGCGUGCGCAACGUGUUACUCAACGAUAAUAAUUUGUCCAUCAACGGCAGCGUCCAAUCUCCAGACCCGUUUGAAGGCGAGGGAGGUGCAUACGCUGCCAAAAUUUUGGUCGGUUUAGCAACUGUCUCGAUAUCCUUUUACGACGGCGAAACGUCUUUAAGGAAAUCUGCAAGCUUUCGAUUACUUCCUUCCCUGACGCGACGCAAUGCGCCGUGUAAAGCGGUCGCGAACGAUCCUGCGUGGACGACGUUGUUAUUCUCAACCGGUCAAGCGCACGAAAACGUAAACGGUGGUUUUCCGAGCGAAAUAUUCUGCGGAUUGACUGAAUCGCUCGCGAGAGCUGCGAUUGGCAUCGCGGAAGAAAACGAUCAAAGAAACACGUAUUUGCGGUACGUUUUAGAACCACCUUCGAAGGUUUUGCUUUUAGCCAUAGAGAACAAGAAAUUCAUCGAACAUCCAACCGGUGAAAGCCGAACGAUGGGUGCUUUAGAAGCGCUCAGAGGUGUGGCGAGAGCGUCUUUGAGUAAAAGGCACGAGUUCUCGACGAACCAUUUCUUUGAACUGCUUUCGCCUCUGACCAGAGUGAUUGAAAAUGCAAUUUCAGCAAACUCUUCUCUCGUCAUCUCUCGAGCGAUGAAGUUAUCGGAAACCUUGUGCGAAAUAUUUGCAAUGGAUGAGGAGAACACGGAUCGACAGCAAAGAAUACGCGAGUUUACGCUCUCGAUUGUCUCGAUUUUCGCGAAAUCCGAACCUACAAAGAUGACCGCGGCGACGCUGACGCGAUUGCGAGACGAAGAAAUUAAGGCGAAUUACAAGUGUUUAAAAUCGCUUUUGAGAGCGUUAACGCACUUAGCUUCCGCGUGGAACGACGAAGAUAAAGAAAAAUUAGCCUCGGUUGUCUUUUCAGGACUGGCAGUUGUCAUCCCUCUCUUGACUCCGGACGCGUUGUUGCUCCCAAAGUUGAGAAACUGCUACUUUUCUUUGCUCUCGUAUUCGAUGGAAUCGUUCGCGGAUAUCAUCGUUAAAAACGCAAACAGAAUGUCAGAGCUCGUCGUCAACAUCAAUGGAUCCGCUGCUGGUGCUUCAGAUCCAAACGCGUUAUUUUUCAUGAUACUGUCGACGUUAGAGUUUGGUUUAGACAACGACGACGAAAACGUCUGCCGAGAAUCUCUCGUCGCCCUCGGCGCGUUGGCUGCGGCGGAAUUGCGAAAGCAGAAGAAUGGUGGUGGUGGUGGUGGUGCCGCUACCGAUAGCCCUCUGUUGAUGCAAACGACGCAAACGGUCGCGAGCUUCAUCGUUGAGGGUGGAUCGGCGACGGCAGACAACACCAAACCAAACGCUUUGAUGGUCCAGCUUCCGUUGUCGCCUUUGGGUAAAUGCCUUCGAAUCGUCUGGAAACGACUCCUGUUCGUGGACGCGUCUGGCGGUGAGAAGAACUCAGCCAUCGUAGACGAAGCCGCCGACGCCUUGUUGCCUUUGUUACAAAUAGAAAAUGCCUGUUUCAUGAGUCUCGGCGAGGAGACGUUUGAAGCUGCCGAGAAGAAAGGCGGUCGAGGCGUCGUCGUUCGCGAAGCGCUCGGCCAGUUGACCACGGCGAGAGGCUUAAACGCCGAGGUCGAUCGAAUGAACAAGAGAAGGUUUCGCAGAAACUUAGGCGAGUUCGUCGAGCGCGUGAGAGGAGUCGUUCGGAGCAACUAA